UUGCAUUAGUUCACUGAUUGGGAGCAUUUCAAUUCAAACAGUGGCAACCUCCUCCUCACACUAAUCUGAAACAGUGGUGAUUGUUGUAGCCCGUGUGAGAUGGUGGGAAGAAGCCAAGUAAAAGUGAAUGAAUUAGAUUGCAGGAAGUGGGACGAAGAUUUGUACAAGACCUCAAUUCUCCAAGACAGAUUAAACCCCACUCUUACUAUCUUCAGAACCGCCUUUCCCCCAAACACGUCUCUCAAUCCUCACCUCAUCGUCGCCGCCUCCAGUGACGGCUCCAUCGCCUCCUACGAUCUCAGUUCCGGAAAUGCUGCUCGGCAUCAAAAGAAUUUCGUAGUAGCACAACCGAAUUGCUUCCUCAAAGCUCAUCACGGUCCUGCUUACGAUGUCAAAUUCUAUGCCUCUGCUCAAGAUGAGGCCUUGUUGUUGAGUUGUGGAGAUGAUGGUCAUGUUCGUGGGUGGAAAUGGAAGGAUAUGUUAAUACCUGAGGACGAUUGUUCACAAGGAUGUGAUUUGAGACCAGUUCUUGAAUUAGUGAACCCCCAGCACAAAUUGUCUGCCACGUUAAUUCUCAGACAUAAAAAUUACAGAUCGAGGAAGAUGAAGAUUGGAGAGGAGGUCCUUGGAAUGCUCUCUCCCCUAUACCAGAAAACAAUGCCAUUGCUGUUGAUGAACAGGGAGGAUGUAUUUAUGUUGCUGCUGGUGACUCUUCUGCAUAUUGCUGGGACUUGGUAUGUAUGUUCGAAGGAGGAAGGUAAGAUCAAGACAGUUUUUAAGGGCCAUGCAGACUACUUGCAUUGUGUUAUCACCCGCAACUCUGGCAAUCAGAUCAUAACUGGGUCAGAGGAUGGUACUGCAAGAUUAUGGGACUGCAAAUCUGGAAAAUGUGUUCGGGUGAUUAAUCAAGAGAAGGAUAAGAAGCUGAAAGAGGUCCACUCACGUGUCAGCUGUAUUGCUCUUGAUAGGAGCGAAAGCUGGUUGGCUUGUGGCCGUGGACAAACUCUAUCGGUGUGGAAUCUACCUGCUUGUGAGCACAUUUCAAAGGCCAGAAUGAAUGCCGCUAUCCAAGAUAUAUUAUUUGAUGAUAAUCAAAUUUUAGCUGUUGGAGCAGAACCAUUAGUCAGCAGAUAUGACAUGAAUGGAGCUAUUCUUUCACAGAUUCAAUGCUUUCCUCAGUCAGUAUUUUCUGCUUCCUUGCAUCCAUCAGGGGUUACUGCUGUCGCCGGUUAUGGAGGCAUUGUUGAUGUUCUUUCACAGUUCGGAAGCCACUCUUGCACAUUUCAGUGCAGAUCCCAGUGAAUAGAGGUGGCUGGCUGAUGUCAGGGAAGAGCCCAUCCUAGGAGAAAUGUCUUGUGAUGUUUAAUUAGUAAUGUUGUUUAUUUGGACAUGGAUGUGUAGAAUUAGAUAGGAAUUUGAUUCCACCGUUUCUGAGAAUUUAAAGAAGUAGCCCGGUUUAAAAGAUAGAGAAUAGUUAACUUUUUUUUCUUUUUAAUUUUUUUACAUUUCAUAGUUCUGCAAGUAUACAAUGGAUACAAUUGGAACUUGCGACAGGCACCAGGCAUGUAAUGGUGCGAAGCUGGGUUGAACUCUCAAGCUCGAGUUCGGGUACCAUAAAUUUCAUGCUUAAUAUUUAAUUUGACCAAAGUCCAACACGUUUGAACUUUCUUCAA